GUUCUUCCAGUUAACCAUUCUCAAGCAAGCUGUUGUUUUGCAACAUGUCAGAGGGCUUAAGCACGACAGUCCCAGAGGCUGGGAGGCAGUAUCGUACAGUGUUCAUCUGACAGUCAACGCCCACCCUCCCUGGGUAGCACACAAAGAAGAACACAACGGGCGCGACAUUUCAACAUCAUUUGCCCUCGUUCGAUCACACUUUGUACCUAGCAAGAGCAGGACGUUGUGUUGGUUUGCAUGCAGCAGAAUGGGACUGGCGAGACAUCUAAUGGAGAACAACCGGCGCUCUCUUUUAGAACACCUAGCCCGCUCCCCAUGGCUACAUCACGGGCAAGAAGGUUUGCUCAAGAGGGGCGAGCGGUGCCCCAGCCAAGAGUGAUGGUGGUAUUUUCUGCGGCGAGCGAGACCGAUAAACAAGGGGAUGCUAUGUCGAGCUCAGAGUGCGCGGACGAUGAAUAUAGAAAACCACCCAUGCCCGCCCCCAGUCUGAACCUGGGUAAAUCUCUUCGCACUUUCAGCCCAGCACAGGAGUUUCCAGAGGUCAUCCCUCUCAACGUAGGCGGCACACACUUCACCACUCGCCUGUCUACCCUCCGACGUUUCGACGACACCAUGCUGGCCGCCAUGUUCAGUGGACGACACCACAUCCCGCGUGAUGCAGAGGGCCGCUUCUUUAUCGACAGGGAUGGGAAAUAUUUUGGGGACAUUCUCAACUUCUUGAGAGAGGGGGAGUUACCAAAAAGGGACAGAGUCCGCGCAGUGCAUAGAGAGGCUGAGUAUUAUGCCGUUGGGCCACUGCUAGACAUCCUGGAGGACACUCAGCCACUCACUGGGGAGAAGGUCCGCCAGGCCUUCCUUGAUCUCCUGCCUUACUAUAAAGAGAAUCUGGAGCGUAUCGUGGAGAUCGCCAAGUUGCGCGCCAUGCAGAGGAAGGCCCGUUUCGCCAAGCUCAAGGUCUGCGUCUACAAGGAGGAGAUGCCUAUCACCCCGUACGAGCGACCACUCUUCAACUCACUGCGGUUCGAGCGCUCAGAGAGCGAGGCCAAGCUGUUUGAGCACCACUGCGAGGUGGACGUGUCCUUUGGGCCAUGGGAGGCCGUGGCCGAUGUCUAUGACCUGCUGCACUGCAUCGUCAGUGACCUGGGCGAGAAAGGCAUAACUGUGGACCAGCAGUGUAUCGGCGUCUGUGACAAGCACCUCAUCAACCACUACUAUUGCAAGAGGCCUAUUUAUGAAUUUAAGAUCACUUGGUGGUGAGAGAGAGAGAAAAGGAACUUGGGUCUUCCCUCUGAGGUGGAUGGAGGCUUUAAGUGUGCCUCUAUAAGCAGGACGUCAUCAGGGUUUUACUCACCCUCUGGACUCUGAGCAAAGAAUUGGGUCACACCUUAUUUGGAUGGUCCCCUAUAAACUAUCUACAGAUGCUCAGAUUAUAAACAAACUAUCUGUUGAAACUCUGUUUACUACGAUUUAUGGUUAAGGUUAGGGUGAGGGAUUGGGUUUAGUUAAGAUGGUGUUCAGUGAAUAAUUAGAAAGAAAGAAUUUACAACAAACCAUCUGUAAAGCCUCCGUAGGUGGACUAUCCAUAUAAAGUGUUACUAAGACUCGUAGUAGCGCUAUGCUUUAAGAGAGGAGCCGGCUGCUCUGUUUGUAUCUCCUCAUCAUUUAGUCUUUUAAAUGGCAAUAGCAAUCUUCCUUUUUCCUGGGGAAGCCCCUACAGUUUCAUUUAACCUACUGUUUCUGUUUGGUCUUUAAAACAGCAGUUUUAUCCUCCUCCAUGUAUUGUUUGCGGACUAUAAUGAUCAUCUGGAAAUCUGUGAUUGUGAAAUGGUAUUGUUUUAACAGCAGAUAAUCUUCUGAUCUGCUACAUGUCUAUAUUGUGCAAUCUAUGACAUUAGUAAAGAAAUCAUUCGUAACUGGAUGCAAUCAAGAAAACUGGUUAAUUGCUUGUGUUUAUGUACAUUUAUAUUUUUGUAACCUGUUCUGUAUUUUGAUUUCGGUUGACAUGAGCGUCAUGCUAUAACUAUAAAUUGCUUUGCUCAGUCUGUCGAUGUUUUAAAUGCAAUGAAAAGUAUAAGGUAUUUUUCACAUUACACCAGUUUCAGGGAAAAUUAAAAACUUAAAAAUACUGAAAUAAUGAGGGCUUUUUAAUUAAUUGUAGCGUUGGAUAGUAGAAUUAAAACUUCAUUGCUCCCUGAACUCCUGUUCUACCUCCAAAAUGUAUAGGACAAGAAGGAGAUAAUUAUUUGCCCACAAGGAGGUGAAACAUUUUCCACACUAUCAGUCCAUUGCAUCAGUUUGCAAUAUAAAUAUUGAAUGUAUUGUUCCAUAAAUACAACUUUUCCGUUUUGAUUGUCAGUGUUUUUUUUAUUUAUUUAUUGCAAUUUGUUAUUUAUUUAUUUUUGUCAUCUUUUCACUAAUGCAACAUGGCAUUUAUAAAUGCUGCUUUCAGUCAUAUUUUCUGUAACAAUUCUGUCAUUUUGAUUAAUGUACGUUUUGUGAAAAAUCUGCAGUAGUUAUUAUGAAUUGAACCAUAAUACCGUUAUCAAAAAAAUAACACCACAGUUCUGUACUAUUUGUGCUCCACUACUGUAGAUGUAAAUGAUUAUUAUAUCCAUCCCACCGUUUGCACUGCAUUGCCAUGCAGCUUAUUAUAUGGUUGCACAAAGGGAAUAUCCAUUCAGAUGCAAGAUGCUGAAGUGCACCGCUCAGUAGACUGUUACUUACUGUUUUAUUAUCACUACACAGUUUCUAAGGGGAUCUAAUAAAUUAUCUUCAUAAUCA